AGACUUGUCUCUCCAGAAUGACUAUGCUCCAUUUCUAGGUCUCAAAUCACAACCAUGAAGUUGAUAUUAUGGUACUUGGUUGUGGCUCUUUGGUGCUUCUGCAAAGAUGUGGAAGCCCGACUUUACCGACAAAAAUCAGAUGGUAAAAUAGCAGCAAGCAGAUCAGGUGGCUUCUCUUAUGGUAGUUCAUCCUCUGGUGACUUGGACAGAAAAAAGCCACUCUUUAGCUUGGAAUUUGGUUCUCCAGGAGAAGCUGAAGACAAGUCCAGACAACAUCAGGAUGCUGGGAGUUCAAGGUCAGAAGACAGCUCAGCAGGUGGCUUUUUUUACAGUAGUUCAUCCUCUGAUGACUCAGACAGGCAAAAGCCACUCUUUAGCUUAGGACUUGGUGCUCCAGGAAAGGCUGAAGACAAGUUCAGAGACCGUCAGGAUGACGGAAGUUCAAAGUCAGAAGACACCCCACCAGGUGACUUUUUUUAUGGUAGUCCAUCCUCUGGUGACUCAGACAGAAAAAAGUCACUCUUUAGCUUUGAAUUUGGUGCUACAGGAGAGGCUGAAGACAAGUCCAGAGAACGUCGGGAUGCUGGGAAUUCAAGGUCAGAAGACAGCCCAGCAGAUAGCACCAACACAAGAUCUGGUGCUGGCGUUAGUAGCAGUGGUGCUUCUCUGAAUGUGGGAUUUGGUUGGGGGACGUCUGAUGAAAAGGGAUUGGAAGUCGGUAGAGCUGAUGGGAGUGAAACUAGAGGCAGCGGAUCUGCUGGGGGUGAAACCAUAGUCUUUGGAUCUGAUGCAGGUAGCUCAGUUGGAACUGGUUAUUCUGGUUUGAAACUUGGAGCAGGGAAAGGUGACGCUGCAUUUGGUUUUGAAGUUUCUGAUUCGAAUUCAUUUGGUGACAGUGGCAUUAGUAGCAAAACAGUUGAAGGAAAUCAAAUGAGUAGUUCUGGAGGAUCUGUUUCCAUUGAUCUAGGUGAUACCAGUUUAAGAAGUGAGAAUCAAUUUGUUGGUGGUGGCUCUCGAAAUUCGAUAUCCAAUUUAUGGGAUUCUGGUCAAGAGGGAUUUGGAAUCAAUGAAAUUGGAGGGAAUGGAUUGAGUGGCAGUGUAUCUGCUGAGGCUGGAUUCAAAGGUUUUGGAUCUGAUGCCAGUAGCUCAGGUGACUCAAGUGCAAGAAAUGGGUUUGAAAAUUCUAGUGAUAUCUCUGAAGAUUCAGGAGUCAUAUUGGGGUCAUCUGAUCAACAUGGAUUUGAAGUCAGUAGAACUGGUGGGAAUAGAAAGAGAAGCAGUGAACCUGCUGAGGCUGGAAACUUGAGUCCUGGAUCUGAUGUCCGUGACUCAGGAGGAAACACUUGGUCUUCUGGUUCUGGAAGUAGUGGAGGAAGUGUCACAAACUCGUCUGAAUACAGUACGUCUGGACCACUCAAUACUCCAGAAAAAGGAUCCCACAUUCCAGAAGCAACUCCAAAAUACUCAGAAACAAAUGCAAUUAUUGGUGAAGCAUCUACCUGGAGCAAAGGAGCAUAUAAAUCUUUCAAUGGCCGCAUCUUUGUGUUCGAAUCUUCAUGCCCAUACACUUUCUGCCGUCACUGCGUUGAAUCUGGAGGGGAUUUCAAUAUUGAAAUCAAACGAAACAAUGAUAGUGAGACUGAAAAAAUAACAGUUCUAAUUGACAAUAACGACAUCUCUAUUUUUGGUGACACCAUUUUAGUUAAUGGAGAAAGCAUACAGAUACCAUAUAACAAUAAGUUGAUUCACAUUAAAAAAUAUGGAGAAUAUAAUGUUCUGAAUAGCCGUAGAGGAAUCCUGACUUUAAUGUGGGACAACAAUAACAAACUCUCACUCACUCUUCACAAGCAGUAUCCAACUUGUGGUCUUUGUGGUAACUUCAACAGCACUCCAGGGCAAGAUAUUAAUGAGCACAUUGCCAAUAGUAAAACUCCUGGUGAUUGUCCCAAUGCUGUUGGUAAAAGCUAUGAAGUUUGUGAAGAUGGAAUACAGUACUGUAACAAAAUUAUUGGAACCUACUUUGAGAAAUGUGGAAAGGUUGCCACUCUAUCCAAUGACUACAAAAUGAUUUGCAUUGAUGAAUACUGCCAAACUGGAGACAAAACAUCUACAUGUGACACUUACUCAGAACUGUCCCGCCUCUGUGCCUCAGAUGGUCCUGGUACCUUUGAAUCCUGGCGAAAUGAUUCCGAUGUGGUUUGUGAAACACAUAGAUGUCCAGAAGAACAACAUAUCUACAAAGAAUGUGGACCCUCCAACCCUGCAACUUGUUCUAAUGUGGCUCCUUUUCAAGACAGUGACUGUGUGAGCGGCUGCACGUGCCCGGAAGGUUAUCUGUUGGAUGAUAUUGGAGAGAAAGGAAAAUGUGUAUUAAAAGCUGAAUGUCCCUGUGAAUCCAGUGGAAACGUAUAUCAGCCAGGAGAAGUCCGAGAAGGUCCUUGUGGUUCUCAGUGCACAUGCCAAGAUGCAAAAUGGUCUUGCACUGAAGCAUUAUGCCCUGGAAGAUGUAAGGUGGAAGGAAGUUCCCUUACCACCUUUGAUGGUGUUAAGUACAACUUUCCUGGAAACUGCCACUUCCUGGCCAUUCACAAUGAAGAUUGGUCUAUUAGUGUUGAGCUCCAUCCAUGCCCAAGUGGUCAGACAGGAACAUGCUUAAAUAGCGUUACACUUCUUUUGAAUUCUUCUGUUCCAGUUGACAAAUACAUAUUCAGCAGUGAUGGAACGGUCACAAAUGACAAGAUUAGAAAUCAAGGUUAUUACUAUUCAGAUAAAAUACAGAUUUUCAACGCAUCUUCCUCAUACCUUCAAGUAGAAACAUACUUUCACGUAAAACUACAAAUACAAAUUGUUCCUGUGAUGCAAUUAUAUGUUUCUAUGCCACCCAACCAAUUCACAGACACUGUGGGACUCUGUGGUUCCUACAACAACAAAGCAGAGGAUGAUUUCAUGUCAAGUCAGAAUAUAUUGGAGAAAACAUCUCAAGCAUUUGCUCAUUCUUGGGAAAUGAUGUCCUGUCCUAAAGGAAACCCCUCUUCAUGUAUUAGUAUAGAAAAAGAAAAGUUUGCUGAAAGGCACUGUGGAAUUCUUCUUGAUUCAAGUGGGCCUUUUGCUUCUUGCCACCCAAUUGUGAACCCUAAACACUAUCAUGAGGAAUGCAAAAAAUAUACUUGCUCUUGUGAAAACAGUCAAGACUGCCUAUGUACAAUUUUAGGCAACUAUGUGAAAGCGUGUGCUGAGAAGGAAACAUACAUAGUAGAAUGGAGAACUGGCUUAUGUGAACAUUCUUGUCCAAGUGGACUAGUUUUCAAGUACAAUGUAAAAGCCUGUAAUAGUUCUUGCCGAUCAUUGUCAGAGAGAGAUAGGAGCUGUGAUGUAGAAGAUGUUCCAGUUGAUGGAUGCACCUGCCCUGAUGAAAUGUACCAGAAUAAUGAAGGAAAUUGUGUACCGAAAUCUCAGUGUGACUGCUACAUAAAUGACGAGGUCAUGCAACCAGGCAAACUCAUCCAUAUUGAUGACAAUAAAUGUGUCUGUCGGGAUGGAAUUCUUCUUUGCCAGAUUCCCAUUGAUUUAACCCUACAAAAUUGUUCUGGAGGGGCUGAGUAUGUAGACUGUAGGGAUCCCAAGGCACAGAGAAGAACCGACAGAACAUGCAGUACUCGGAACAUACCUGUUUUUGAUGAGAACUUGCCUUGCAAACGUGGGUGCUUUUGUCCAGAAGGAAUGGUUCGAAAUUCUAAAGGGAUAUGCAUCCUUCCUGAUGACUGUCCGUGCUCUUUUGGUGGACGAGAAUAUGAUGAAGGAAGUGUCACUUCUGUUGGCUGCAAUGAAUGUACCUGCAUUAAAGGGUCUUGGAGUUGUACCCAAAAUGAAUGUCAAACCAUCUGCCACAUCUAUGGGGAAGGUCAUGUUAGAACUUUUGAUGGGAAAAGUUACAGUUUUGACGGUCUCUGCCAGUAUUCAUUUCUUGAGGAUUAUUGUGGUCAUGAAAAUGGCACAUUUCGUAUUUUAACGGAGAGUGUUCCAUGCUGUGAAGAUGGACUAACAUGCUCAAGAAAAAUUAUAGUUUCUUUUCAGGAUCAGAAUGUUGUCUUGCAAGAUGGUAAAGUAACAGCAGUCAAAUCUACAGAAAGUAAGAAAUGUGAACUCAAUACAAAUGCAUACUCCAUACAUACUGUUGGCCUGUACUUAAUUCUGAAAUUUCAAAAUGGAAUAAUCAUGAUUUGGGACAAAAAUACAAGACUGUCUGUUAUUCUGGAUCCAAACUGGCAUGGCAAGGUGUGUGGUCUUUGUGGAAAUAACAAUGGUGAUCUCAAGGAUGAUUUCACAACAAGAUACUCUUCAGUAGCUUCUGGAGCACUGGAAUUUGGGAAUAGUUGGAAAACAAGCCAAGAGUGCUCAGAUACAGUGACUCAGACUUUCCCAUGUGAUUCAAACCCGUACUGUAAAGCCUGGGCUGUGCGAAAAUGUGAGAUCCUCAGAGACAGCACCUUCAGAGACUGCCACAGCAAGGUUGACCCCAGUGCUUACUAUGACGCAUGCAUUGAAGAAGCCUGCGCUUGUGACAUGGAGGGGAAGUACCUGGGAUUCUGCACUGCCGUGGCUAUGUACGCAGAGGCGUGUAGUGCAGUUGGAGUUUGUGUCUCAUGGAGAAAACCAAAUCUGUGUCCUGUCUACUGUGAUUAUUACAAUGCACCUGGGGAAUGCAGAUGGCAUUAUGAACCUUGUGGCACAGUGACCGCAAAAACAUGCAAAGAUCAGGUCAUUGGCCAGAAAUUUUCUUCACUUUUAGAAGGUUGUUAUGCUAAGUGCCCAGAUAGUGCUCCUUACCUGGAUGAGAACACCAUGAAAUGUGUCAGUUUAUCUGAGUGCAGCUGCUUCUAUAAUGAUAUCAUACCAGCAGGGGAAGUGAUUGAAGAUAAUUGUGGAAGAACAUGCUACUGUAUUGCAGGGCAGUUGGAGUGCAGUGAAACUGCUCCUACCAAUUCAACAUUUGCAGUUUCCACUACAACAGCUACCGCCAUAUUAAGCACCGGAGCAGCAAUUACACUGGUUACCAGUAGCCCAGGCAUAGCAGCAUCCAUUCCAGCGAUUACAACAUCAAGCAGUGAAACAACAGGAACGACUCUAGGUCCUCUCACCGAGCCUUUUACUACAGGCAUUACUGAAACUUCAGUUCCCAUCAUCUCAACAUCUGGAAAUGCAGGCACGACAGGAGUAGUGAGCCCCACCGUCACUGGUGCUGCAGGCGUGGCAGGAAGAACUGGAGGAGUGGAUGCAGCCACCACUGGAGCUGCUGGUGAAAAUACAUCUGAGAGAGCAGGCACACUGGGGGUAUCUGGAGCAACCCCUGUAGUCGGAGGUGGCAGUACCCUGGGGGAAGCAGGCCCUGGAGCCACGGUUUCAGGAAGCACAGGAGUUUCUGCAGGCUCCACCACUGCCAGCCCUGAAGCCUCAGUCACAACCUCUGAAAGCAGCAAAUCAGGAACUACUGGACCCUCAGUAGGUGGAAAAACUAGAGUCACAAGCAGUGAAGCGACAUCAUCUGAAGGCGUGUCAGGUGGAACAGGACAGCCUCUUGGAUCUACCGCUGGAUCUGACAGUGAAAUCACAGCGAGAACAUCUUUCACUGGUUCCAGCUUACCUGGGAAACUCACCAGGCCAAGCCCAGGCUCACCUGGUCACUUUAGUGGUGGAACAACUGAAGGGGAAAAUGUAGCCACCACUGGAGCUGCUGGUGAAAACACUUCUGGAGCAUCGGGUUCAACAGAAGGGUCCGUGGAAGCCACCACCAGAGCAGGCAGUGGAAACACAGCUGGAACAUCAGGUACUAGGGCCACUGGUCCUGGAAACACAGCAGUCUCAGGCACACCUGUGGUAUCACCUGGAGCAACUCCUGGAGCUCCAGGUAGCAGCACCCCUGGGGAAGCAGGCAUUGGGGCCACCAGUUUUGGAAAAUCAGGGACCCCGACAGUAUCUGCUGCUUCAACUACCAGUAGCCCUGUGAGUAAACACACCAAUGCAGCCUCAGCCUCAGCAGUGACAAUCUCUGGAAGCAAACCAGGUACACCUGGAACACCGGGUGGUACGACUAGUGGAGGUGAAAUUACAUCUGGGCAGUCCAGCAGUGGUACCACCACAGGCUCUUCAAAUACACCAGGGGCAACUGGAUCAUCAACUGGGGAGACAGAGACAACUAGACCAUCAGCUAAAUUAACAGAGAAUUAUGGACAAUCAUCUGAAAUACCAGGGACAACUAAAUCAUCAUCUGAUGUUUCAGGGACAUUGGGGCCAUCAGAUAUAACAUCUGGACCAUCAGUUGCAGUGACAAGGACUUCUGAACAAUCGUCAGGAGUCACAGAGACAUCUGAACUAUCACUUGGAGUAUCAGGGACAACUGGGCCAUUAGCUGAAAUAUCAGGGACAACCAGACCAUUAGUUUCAGGAUUAAGGACAACUGUAUCAUUAGCUGGAGGAUCAGGGACAACUGGACCUUCAUCAAGAGAAUCAGUGACACCUAGACCAUUAGCUGAAGGUUCAGGGACAAGUGGACAAUCGGUUACAGGAUCAAGAACACCUGGAUUAUCAGCUACAGAACUAGGUACAACUGUGUCUUUUACUGGAGGAUUAGGUACAAGUAGAUCAUCUGCUAGAGAAAUAGGGACAACUGGACCAUCAGCUGAUGGGUCAGGAACAACUGGACCAUCUGUUGUGAGAUCAGGGACAACUAGAUUAUCAGCUGGAGUGACAAGAGCAACUGAAACAUCACCUGGAGUGACAGGAACAACUACACGAUCAGUUGAAGACUCCAGAACAACUGGACCAUCUGUUCUAGUGACAGGAACAACUGGACAAUCAGGCCAAGGAUCAGGGACAACUGGAAAAUCUAUUAUAGAAUCAGGACCAUCUCUUGUAGGAUCAGGGACAAAUGGACCAACAUCUGCAGGAUUAGGAACAACUGCACCAUCAGCCAGAAGAUCAGGUACCACAAGACCAUCAGUUGGAGGAACUGGGACAACCGGACAAUCAGGUGCAGAAUCAGGAACAACUGAACCAUCAGCUAGAGUGACAGAUGUAACUGGAACAUCAGCUGAAGUGUCAGGAAGAAUUGAACCAUCAGCUACAGGAUCAGGUACAAGUAGACCACUAGGUGAAACAGUAGGUACAACUGUACCAUCAGUGGAAGGAUCGGAGGCAACUGGACCAUCUGUCAUUGGAUCAGAAACAACUAGACUAUCAGUUAUAGGAUCAGGGACAACUGGAACUUCAUCUGGAGGUUCAGGUGCAACAAGAUCAUCGGGUGGAGGAAUGGGGACAACUGGACAAUCAACUGCAAGAUCAGAAACAAUUGGACCACUUUUUGGAUUGACAGGAACAUUUAGACAAUCCUCUACAGUGACUAGGACAGCUUCAAAUUCAGCUGGAGUAACAACAUCUGAAAAAUCACCUGGAGUGGCAAUGACAACAGGACUAUUGGUUGAAGGGUCAGCUACAACUCGACCACCUCUUUUAGAAUCAGAGACCACUGAAUCAUCAGCUGGAGUGACAAUGACAUCUGGACAAUCAGCCAGAGUGACUGGGGCAACUGGACCAUCAGCUGGAGAGACGGGAACAACUGGACCAUCAACGGAAGGAUCAAUUGCAACUGUACCAUUUAUUAUUGGAUCAGAAACAACUAGACCAUUAUAUAUAGGAUCAGGGACAACUGGAACUUUAUCUGGAGGUUCAAGUACAACAAGAACAUCAGAUGGAACAACAGGGACAACCAGAAAAUCAACUGCAAGAUCAGAAACAACUGGACCCCUUUCUGGAUUGACAGGAACAUCUGGGCAAUUGGCUGGAGUGACUGGGACAUCUUCAAAAUCAGCUGGAGUAACAGUGACAUCUGAAAAAUCAGCUGGAGUUGCAGUGACAACAGGAUCAUUUGCUGAAGGAUCAGUCACAACUGGACCACUUCUUUUAGAAUCAGAGACAACUAGAUCAUCAGGUGGAGUGACAGUGACAUCUGGACAAUCAGCCAGAGUGACUGAAACAGUUGGAACAUCAGCUGGAGUGAUAGGAACAACUGGACCAUCAACUGAAGGAUCAGGGGCAACUGGACCAUCCGUUGUGGGAUCAGGAACAACUAGACCAUUAGCUGGUGAAUCAGGUACAACUGAAUCAUCAGUUGGAGUGACAGGGACAAGGCCAUCAUCAGGAGGAUCAGGGACAACUGAAUCAUCAUCAAGAGAAUCAGCAACAACUGGACCAUCAGAUGAAGGAUCAGGAACAACUGGACCAUCAGAUGAAGGAUCAGGAACAACUGGACUAUCACCUGGAGUGACAGUGACAUCUGGACAAUCAGCUGGAAAGACUGGGACAACUGGAGCACCAGCUGGAGUUACAGAAACAACGAGACCAUCUGUUGUCAAAUCAGGGACAACUGGACCAUCUGUUACAGGAACAAGGACAACUGUAACUUCAUCUGGAGAAUCAGGUACAACAAGAUCAUCAGGUGGAGAAACAGAGACAACUGGCCAAUCAGUUGUAAAAUCAGGGACAGCAGAAUCAUUUACUGGGUUGACAAGAACAUCUGGGAAAUCAGCUGGAAUGACUGGGACAUCUGCACAAUCAGCUGGAGUGGCACUAACAGGUCAUUUUGUUGAAGGAUUAGUGACAACUGGUUCAUCUACUGUAGGAUUAGAGACAACUAGACCUUCAGCUGUAGGAUCAGGAACAACUGGACCUCCUGUUGUAAAAGCACAGACAAUUGGACCAUCAGCCGGAGUAACAGUGACAUCUGGACAAUCAGCUAGAAUGACUGGGGCAACUCGACCAUCAGUAGGAGUGACAGGAACAACUGGACCAGCAAGUAAAGGAUUAGUGACAAUUAGACCAUCUGUUGUAGGAUUAGACACUACUGAACCAUUAGCUGAAGGAUCAGGGACAACUGGACCACCUAUUGUAGGAGAGACAACUGUACCAUCAGCUAGAGUGAGAGUUACAUCUGGAUAUUCAGAUAGAGUGACUGGGGCAACUGAACCAUUGGCUGGAGUAACAGGAACCACUAAACAGUCUGUUGUAGGAUCAGUGACAACUGGACCAUCAGUUACAGGAGUAGAGACAACUGUAAAAACUUCAUCUGGAGGAUUAAGUACAACCACAUCAUCAGUUGGAGGAACAAGGACCACUGGACAAUCACCUGAAAGAUCAGGGGCAACAGGACCAUUUAUUGGAUUGACAGGGACAUCUGCACAAUCAGCUGGGGUGACAAUGACAUCUGUCCAAUCAGCUGGAGUGGUAGUAACAACAGAACUAAAUGUUGAUGGCUCAGGGACAACUGGAAAAUCUCUUGUAGGAUCAGGAACAACUGGAUUAUCAGCUGAAGCUAUAGGGACAACUGGACCAUCAACUGAAGGAUUAGAGAAAACUGGACCAUCUAUUACUGGAUCAGGAACAACCAUACCAUUAGUUACAGAAUCAUGGACAACUGGAACUUCAUCUGGAGGACAGGGUACAACGAGUCUAUUAGUUAGAGGAACAGAGACAACUGGACAAUCAGUUUCAGGAUCAGUGACAACAGGGCCAGUUACGGGAUUAACGGAAAACUCUGGUCCAUCAGCUGGAGUGACAGUGACACCUAGACAAUCACCUACAGUGACUCAGACAACUGGGUCAUCAGCUGCAAUAUCAGGAACCACUGUACAAUCUCUUACAGUAUCAGGGACAGUUAGACCAUCAUCUGGACAAACAGAAAAAACCGGAUCAUCAGUUGAAGAAUCAGGGACAACUGAACCAUCAGCUAUAAGGUCAGGGACUACUGGACCAACAGCUGGAGUGAAACAUACAAAUGGGCCAUCAUCAGGUGGAGUGACAGGGAUAACUGGGUCAUCACCUGGAGUGACAGGGAUAACUGUCCAUCAGCUGAGUGACACUGGAGUGACAGGGAUAAACUUAGAUCAUCACCUGAGGACAGGGAUAACUGGAUCAUCUGCAAGAUCAGGGACAAGUAUCCCAUCUGCUGGAAAAACAGGAACAACUAGAACAUCAGUUGAAGAAUCAAGGACAACUGGACCAUCAGCUGGAAUAACAGGUACAAAUGGACUAUCAGCUGGAGUGACAGGGACAACUGGAUCAUCAGCUGGAGUGACAGGGAAAACUGGACCAUCAGCUGGCAUCACAGGGACAACUGGACCAUCAGCAGAAGUGACAGGAAAAACUGGACUAUCAGCUGGAGUGAUGGGGACAACUGGUCCAUCAGCUGAAGUGACAGGGCUACCUAUAGUAUCAACUGGGGUGACAGGGACAAUUGGAUCACCAGCUGGAGUGACAAGGACAACUGCAGUAUCAGCUGGAGUAACAGGGACAACUAGACUAUCAGCUGAAGCGACAGGGAUAACUGGACUAUCAGCUGGGGUGACAGGGACAACUGGACUAUCUGCUGGUGUGACAGAGGCAAUUGGACUAUCAACUGGGAUGAUAGGGACAAUUGGAUCAUCAGCUGGAGUGGCAGGGACAAGAAGACUAUCAGCUGAAGUGACAGGGACAACUGGACAGUCAACUGGUGUGACAGGGUCAACUGGACUGUCACCUGAGGUGACAGGGACAACUGCACAGUCAGUUGAAGUGACAGGGACAACUGGACAAUCUGUUGGGGUGACAGGGACAGCUAGAUCAUCAGCUGGAGUGACAGGGAUAAUUGGACUAUCAGCUGGACUGACAGGGACAAGUGGACUAUCAGCUGGGGUCACAGGGACAACUAGACAGUCAGCUGGUGUGACAGGGUCAACUGGACUAUCAGCUGGGGUGACAGGGACAACUGGACAGUCAGCUGAAGUGACAGGGACAACUGAACAAUCUGUUGGAGUGACAGGGACAGCUAGAUCAUCAACUGGAGUGACAGGGAAAACUGGACUAUCAGCUGGAGUGACAGGGACAAGUGGACUAUCAGCUGGGGUGACAGGGAUAACUGGGCUAUCAGCUGGGGUGAUGGGGACAACUGGACAGUCAGAUGAAGUGACAGGGACAACUGGACAAUCUGUUGGAGUGACAGGGACAGCCAGAUCAUCAGCUGGAGUGACAGGGACAAUUGGAUCACCGGCUGGAGUGACAGGGACAACUGAACUAUCAGCUGAAGCGACAGAGACAACUGAACAAUCUGUUGGAGUGACAGGGACAACUAGAUCAUCAACUGGAGUGACAGGGACAACUGGACUAUCAGCUGAAGCAACAGGGACAACCAGACCAUCAGCACGAGGUAAGGGACAACCGGAGCUAUCAACUGGAGUGACAGGGACAACUGGACUAUCAGCUGAAGGGACAGGAACAUCUGGACCAUCAGCUGAGGUGACAGGGACAACAGACUAUCAGCUGAAGCAACAGGGACAGCCGGGCCAUCAGCUAGGGUGGCUUGGGGACAACUUCAGACUAUCAGCUGGGGUGACGAGGAUAACUGGACUAUCAGCUGCAACUGGACUAUCAGCUGAAGCAACAGGGACAACCAGACCAUCAGCUGAGGUGACAGGGACAACCAGACUAUCAGCUGGGGUGACAGGGAUAACUGGACUAUCAGCUGGGGUGACAGGGACAACUGGAUCAUUAGCUGGGGUGACAGAGAUAACUGGAUCAUCAACUGGGGUGACAGGGAAAACUGGAUUAUCAGUUGCAGUGACAGGAACAACUACAGUAUCAGCUGGAGUAACAGGGACAACUAGACUAUCAGCUGAAGCGACAGGGAUAACUGGACCAGCAGCUGGGGUGACAGGGACAACUGGACUAUCUGCUGGAGUGACAGAGACAAUUGGACUAUCAACUGGGGUGACAGAGACAAUUGUAUCAUCAACUGGAGUGACAAGGAUAACUGGACAGUCAGCUGGUGUGACAGGAUCAACUGGACAGGCAGCUGAAGUGACAGGGACAACUGGACAAUCUAUUGGAGUCACAGGGACAGCUAGAUCAUCAACUGGAGUGACAGGGAUAACUGGACUAUCAGCUGGACUGACAGGGACAAGUGGACUAUCAGCUGUGGUGACAGGGAUAACUGGACUAUCAGCUGAAGUGACAGGGACAACUGGGCUGUCAACUGGGGUGACAGGGAAAACUGGACAGUCAGCUGAAGUGACAGGGACAUUAGGACAAUCUGUUGGAGUAACAGGGACAGCUAGAUCAUCAGCUGGAGUGACAGGGAUAACUGGACUAUCAGCUGGAGUGACAGGGACAAGUGGACUAUCAGUGGGGGUGACAGGGAUAACUGAAUUAUCAGCAGAAGGGACAGGGACAACUGGACUAUCAUCUGAAGAGACAGGGAAAACUGGAUCAUCAGCCGGAGUGACAGGAACAACUGGACCAUCAGCAGAAGUGACAGGAGAAACUGGACUAUCAGUUGGAGUGACGGGAACAACUGGCCCAUCAGCUGAAGCGACAGGGCUACCUGUAGUAUCAGCUGGGGUGACAGGGAUAAUUGGAUCACCAGCUGGAGUGACAGGGACAACUCGGCUAUCAGCUCUGGUGACAGGGAUAACUGGACUAUCAACUGAGGUGACAGGGACAACUGGACUAUCAGCUGGGCUGACAGGGACAACUGGACUAUCUUCUGGGGUGACAGAGAAAACUGGACUAUCAACUGGGGUGACAGGCACAAUUGUAUCAUCAGCUGGAGUGACAGGGACAACAAGACUGUCAGCUGGAAUGACAGGGACAACUGGACAGUCAGCUGGUGUGACAGGGUCAACUGGACUAUCAGCUGGGGUGACAGGGACAACUGGACACUCAGUUGAAGUGACAGGGACAACUGGACAAUCUGUUGGGGUGACAGGGACAGUUAGAUCAUCAGCUGGAGUGACAAGGAAAACUGGACUAUCAGCUGGACUGACAGGGACAAGUGGACUAUCAGCUGUGGUGACAGGGAAAACUGGACUAUCAGCUGAGGUGACAGGGACAACUGGAUUAUCAGCUAGGGUGACAGGGACAACUAGACAGUCAGUUGGUGUGACAAGGUCAACUGGACUAUCAGCUGAGGUGACAGGGACAACUGGACAGUCAGCUGAAGUGACAGGGACAACUGGACAAUCUGUUGGAGUGACAGGGAUAACUGGACUAUCAGCUGGGGUGACAGGGAAAACUGGACCAUCAGCUGGGGUGGCGGGGACAACCGGACAGUCAGCUGAAGUGACAAAGACAACUGAACAAUCAGCUGCAGUGACAGGGACAAUUGAAUCACCAGUUGGAGUGACAGGGACAACUGGACUAUCAGCUGAAGCAACAGGGACAACCAGACCAUCAGCUGAGGUGACAGGGACAACUGAACUAUCAGCUGGGGUGACAAGGAUAAUUGGACUAUCAGCUGGAGUGAGAGGGACAACUGGACCAUCAGCUGAAGAGACAGGGGCAACUGGUCCAUCAGCAGAAGUGACAGGGACAACUGGACCAUUGGCUGGAGUGACAGAGAUAACUGAAUUAUCAGCAGAAGUGACACGGACAACUGGACUGUCAGCUGAGGUGGCAGGGAAAACUGGAUCAUCAGCAGGAGUGACAGGAAUAACUAGGCCAUCAGCAGAAGUGACAGGGAAAACUGGGCUAUCAGCUGGAGUGAUGGGGACAACUGGACCAUCAGUUGAAGUGACAGGGACAACUGGAUCAUCAGCUGGAGUGACAGGGACAACUGGGCCAUCAGCUGGAGUGACAGGGACAAGUGGACUAUCAGCUGCAGUGGCAGGAACAACUGGCCCAUCAGCUGAAGCAACAGGGCUACCUGUAGUAUCAGCUGGGGUGACAGGGACAAUUGGAUCACCAGCUGGAGUGACAGGGACAACUCAGCUAUCAGCUGUGGUGACAGGGAUAACUGGACUAUCAACUGAGGUGACAGGGACAACUGGACUAUCAGCUGGGGUGACAGGGAUAGCUGGACUCUCAGCUGGGGUGACAGGGAUAACUGGACCAUCAGCUGGAGUGACAGGGAUAACUAUAUUAUCAGCUGGAGUAACAGGGACAACUGAACUAUCAGCUGAAGUGACAGGGAUAACUGGACCAUCAGCUGGAGUGACAGGGAUAACUAUAUUAUCAGCUGGAGUAACAGGGACAACUGAACUAUCAGCUGAAGUGACAGGGAUAACUGGACCAUCAGCUGGGGUGACAGGGACAACUGGACUAUCUGCUGGGGUGACAGGGAUAACUGGACUAUCAGCUGGGGUGACAGGGACAACUGAACAGUCAGCUGAAGUGACAGGGACAACUGGACAAUCUGUUGGAGUGACAGGGACAACUAGAUCAUCAACUGGAGUGACAGGGACAAGUGGACUAUCAGCUGGGGUGACAGGGAUAACUGGACUACCAGCUGGGGUUACAGGAACAACUGGGCAGUCAGCUGAAGUGACAGGGACAACUGGACAAUCUGUUGGAGUGACAGGGGCAACUAGAUCAUCAGUUGGAGUGACAGGGACAAUUGGAUCACCAGCUGGAGUGAGAGGGGCAACUAUUUCAUCUGCAAGAUUAGGGACAAGUAUACCAUUAACUGGAAAAACAGUAACAACUAGAACAUCAAUUGAAGAAUCAACAACAACUGGACCAUCAGCUGGAAUAACAGGUACAAAUGGACUAUCAGCUGAAGCGACAGGGACAAAUGAAAUACCAGCUGGGGUGACAGGAACAACUGGACAGUCAGUUGAAGUGACAGGGACAACUGGACAAUCUGUUGGAGUGACAGGGGCAACUAGAUCAUCAGCUGGAGUGACAGGGACAAUUGGAUCAUCAGCUGGAGUGACAGGGACAAUUGGAUCACCAGCUGGAGUGACAGGGACAACUCGGCUAUCAGCUGUGGUGACAGGGAUAACUGGACUAUCAGCUGAUGUAACAGAGAUAACUGGACUAUCAACUGGGGUGACAGGGAUAACUGGACCAUCAGCUGGAGUGACAGGGACAACUACAUUAUCAGCCGGAGUAACAGGGACAACUGGACUAUCUGCUGGGGUGAGAGAGAUGAUUGGUCUAUCAACUGGGGUGACAGGGACAAUUGGAUCAUCAACUGGAGUGGCAGGGACAACAAGACUAUCAACUGGAGGGACAGGGGCAACUGGACUGUCAGCUGAAGUGACAGGGACAACUGGACAAUCUGUUGAAGUGACAGGGACAGCUAGAUCAUCAGCUGGAGUGACAGGGAUAACUGGAUUAUCAGCUGGACUGACAGGGACAAGCGGACUAUCAGCUGUGGUGACAGGGAUAACUGGACUAUCAGCUGGGGUGACAGAGAUAACUGGACCAUCAGCUGGAGUGACAGGGACAACUACAGUAUCAGCUGGAGUAACAGGGACAACUGGACUAUCAGAUGAAGUGACAGGGAUAACUGGACUAUCAGCUGGGAUGACAGGGACAACUGGACUAUCUGCUGGGGUGACAGAGACAAUUGGACUAUCAUCUGGGGUGACAAGGACAAUUGGAUCAUCAGCUGUAGUAGCAGGGACAACAAGACUAUCAGCUGGAGUGACAGGGACAACUGGACCAUCAGCUGGUGUAACGGGGUCAGCUGGACUAUCAGCUGGGAUGACAGGGACAACUGGACAAUCUGUUGGAGUGACGGGGACAACUGGACUAUCAGUUGGGGUGACGGGGACUACCAGAUCAUUAGCUGGGGUGACAGGGACAACUGGUUCAUCUGCAAAAUCUGAGACAAGUAUACCAUCAGCUGGAAAAACAGGAACAACCAGAACAUCAGUUGAAGAAUCAAGUACAACUAGACCAUCCACUGGAAUAACAGGUACAAAUGGACUAUCAGGUCAAGUGACAGGGACAACUGGACCAUCAGUUGGCACAACCACUGUAACAGGAAGAACAGGAGAGCCAGGAAGUGAGGUUACAGUCCCUGAAGCUACAACUGGAGUGCCUUCUGCAACUUCCCUAGGAGCUGAAGGUGAAAGCAUAGCUUCCACAUCAGUUGCCACGGGAGCCAUCCCUGGGUCAACAAUUGCACCAGGAAGUAUCACUACUGGUACCACUGGGGUAACCACUGGCACAACUCUUGCCCCUAGAAGUUCUAACACAGGAACUUUUGGUAGUAUUUCUGGGAAAACCCUCAAACCUGGAACUUAUGUCUCAGAGGCUACAACUGCUACAGGGACUCCUGGAGCAGGACAGUCGGGAGGCACCACUAUCAUUUCUUCUGAAGUCAGUACCAGUUCAGAAGUUUCCAACACAGGUAUCACUGGAGUAGGUUCUGAGACAUCUGUUGAAACAGGAAUUUCCAACACAGCUACGACUGGGGUGGCUCCUGGCACAACCCUUGCCCCUGGCAGUUCCAGGACAGAAGCCACAACUUCCAUAGGAGGAAGUACAUCAACAAGAGGUGGAAUAGCCACAGAAGCCACAGGUUCCUCAAGAGGGGUCAGGACCACUGGAUCAGAAGCUCCAGGAGGUACUUCUGGAGAAUUCUCUGGGACAACCAUUUCAUCUGGAGGCUUCCACACAGGUACCACAACUCUCACAGGAGGUAGGGGCAGUACUGGAACUGAAUCCAGAGCAGAGUCCACAACUUCCCUACAAGAAAGUGCAAAGACAAGAGGUGGAAUAGCGACAGAGGCCACAAGUUCGACAGGAGGGGUCAGAGCCACUGGAACAGAAGCUCCAGGAGGUACCUCUGGUAAAUUCUCUGGGACAACCAUUUCAUCUGGAGGUUCCCACACAGAGGCCACAACUCUUGCAGGUAGCAGGGGCAACACUGAAAGUGAAUUCAGAACAGCCACCACUGGGGUAGUUCCUGCCACAACUGUUGCCCCUGGCAGUUCCAAGACAGAGGCCACCACUUUCGUAGGAGUAAGUGGAACAACAAGCAUUGGAAGAGCCACGGGGGCCACAACUUCCAUGGGAGGGGGUGACACCAGCCAAGUAGAACGUCCAGGAGGUACUUCUGGUGAAUUCCCAGGAGCAACCAUUACAUCUGGAGAUCCCCACACAGAGACCACAGCUGUGACAGGAAGCAGGGGCAGUACUGGAACUGAAUCCAUAGCAGCAGGCAUCACUGCAGCAACAGGGAAGCAAGCAGGCAUCUCAGCGGUAGCCCCUGCCACAACAGUUGCCCCUGGAAGUUUCAGCACAGCAGUGAUACCUUCUCCUGAAGCAACAGGAGUGACUGGCGUUACAACUGCAAAGACCACAACUUCCCUAGGAGGAAGUGACACCCCUGGAGCAGAAAUAAAAUCAGCCACCACUGGAGCACCAGGAAGUAGGACAGGCACAGCUGGAGUGCUCUCUGCUACAACAGUCUCCCCUGGGAGCUCCAACUCAGAGGCCACAACUUCUGUAGGAGAAAGUGGAAAAACAGGAGCUGAAAUCAUCACAGAGGCCACCACUUCCACAGAAGAGACUGGUACUUCUGGAACUGGAUUCAAAACUGGUAUCUCAGCGGUAGCCCCUGCCACAACAGUUGCCCGUGGAAGUUUCAGCACAGCAGCCACAACUUCUCCUGGAGCAAGUGGAAUGACUGGGGUUACAGCUACAAAGACCACAACUUCCCUAGGAGGAAGUAGCACCACUGGAGCAGAAAUAAAAUUAUUAAGAACCACCACUACAGCACCAGAACGUAGGCGAGCUGGAGUGUCCUCUGGUAUAACAGUCACCCCUGGGAGCUCCAACUCAGAGGCCACAACUUUUGUGGGAGAAAGUGGAAUAACAAGGGCUGAAAUAAUCACAGAGGCCACAACUUUCUCAGGAGGUAGCGGGGUCACCCGAGCAGGAUUAGCCAGAGGUACCACUGGAGAAUUGUCUGGAAUGACAAUUAUAUCUGGAAGUUUUAACACAGAGGCCACCACUUCCACAGAAGGGACAGGUACUUCUGGAACUGGAUUCAAAACUGCAGGCAUCACUUCCGCCUCAGGGAAACAAGCAGGCACCUCUGGGGUAUCUCUUGCCACAACAGUUGCCCCUGGAAGUUUCAGCACAGUGGCCACAACUUCUUCUGGAGCAAGUGGAAUAACAGGGGCUGGCCCCACCUCAGAGACCACAGCUUCCCUAGGAGGAAGUGGUACCACCGGAGCAGGAAUAAAAUCAGUUGCAGUUCCCUCUGGUACAACAGUUGCCCCUGGGAGCUCCAACUCAGAAGCUACAACUUCUGUAGGAGAAAAUGGAAAAACAAAUGGGGAAAUAAUCACAGGUACUACUGAGGGCACCUCUGGCAAAGUUCUGGAACCUGGAAGUGCUCACACAGAGGCCACAACUUUCCCAGGAGGCAGCGGGACCACCCGAGCAGGACCACCAGGAGGUACCACUGGAGAAUUGUCUGGAAUGACCAUUAUAUCUGGAAGUUCUAACACAGAGGCCACAACUUCCACAAAAGGGACUGGUACUUCUGGAACUGGCUUCAAAACUGGUACCUCUGGGGUGGCACCUGGCACAACAGUUGCCCCUGGAAUUUUCAGCACAGCCACAAUUUCUCCUGGAGCAAGUAGAACCACUGGGGCUGGACCCGCUGAAGAAACCACAACUUCCCUAGGAGGAGGUGGCACCACUGGAGCAGAAAUAAAAUCAGGAGCCACCUCUGGAACACCAGGAAGUAAGACAGGCACAACUGGAGUGCCCUCUGUGACAACAGUUGCCCCUGGAAGCUCUAACUCAGAGGCCGUGACUGCUUUAAGAGAAAGUGGAAAAACAAGAGCUGAAAUAACCACAGGUACUACUGAGGGCAAAACUCUGGCAGCUGGAAGUACCCACACAGAGGCCACAACUUUCUCAGGAGGUAGCGGGACCACCCAAGCAGGACCAUCAGGAGGUGCUUCUGGCACAUCAGAAGGAUAUGUCCCUGGAAGGGAAACAGAGCCCACAACUUUCAUUGAAGAGACUGGUCCUUCCAGAACUGUAUUCAAAACUGUAGGCAUCACUUCAGUCCCAGGGAGGCAAGCAGGCACCUCUGUGAUGGCGCCUGGCACAACAGUUGCCCCUGGAAGUUUCAGCACAGCAGCCACAACUUCUCCUGGAGCAAAUGGAAUGACUGGGGUUAGAACCACUUCGAAGACUACAACUUCCCCAGGUGGAAUUGGCACCACUAGAACUGAAAUAAAAUCAGGAGCCACCACUGGAGCACCAGGAAGUAUGACAGGCACAGCUGGAGUGCCCUCUGCUACAACAGUUGCCCCUGGGAGCUCCAACUCAGAGGCCACAACUUCCAUUGAAGAGACUGGUACUUCUGGAACUGGAUUCAAAACCGCAGGCAUCACUGUAGCACCAGGAAAGCAAGCAGGCACCUCUGGGGUAGCACCUGGCACAACAGUUGCUCCUGGAAGUUUCAGCACAGCAGCUACAACUUCUCCUGGAGCAAGCGGGGUGACUGGCACUGGACCCACUGCAGAGACCACAAUUUUCCUAGGAGGAAGUAGCACCACUGGAGCAGAAAUAAAAUCAGGAGCCACCACCAGAGCACCAGGAAGUAAGACAGGCACAGCUGGAGUGCCCUCUGGGACAACAGUCUCCCCUGGGAGCUCCAACUCAGAGGCUACAAUUUUCUCUAAAAUCACUGAAGCAGUAACAGUCUCAGGAUCCAUGACCACUGCACUGGGGAGCCAACUCUCCAGCAGUCAAACAGUGAUUCCAGGUUCCAGUGGCAUCAUCUCUCACACAACUGUUGCACCUGGAAGUUCUGUUAUAGGAACCUCUGAUGCAUCAGACAAUCAAGUCACUGGAAGUAAAACAGGCACUACUGGUGUGGCCUUGAGCACAGCUGUUGCACCUGGAAGUUCCAGUACAGAAGCCACAACUUCCACAGGAGUCCAUAGAACCACUGUAGUGGGAUGGAAGACAGGUGAGAAUUAAUGAGCUACCACUAGAGGGUCAGCAAACCAAGGAACUGGAAGCACAAUAGAAGCUAUGACGUCCUUUAGAGACACUGAGACCACAGGAAGUGGAAUGAAUACAGGUACUACUGCAGUGGUCUCUGGCAACACCAUCUCACCUAGCAGUUUCAACACAGAAGCUACCAGUGGCACAUCUGAGAGGUCAAACCCUGGAAGUGAAAUAGGUACCACUGGUAUAGUCUCUGGCACAACAGUUGUAUCUGGAAGUUCCAACAGAGAAGCCACAACUUCUUUGGGCAAUGGUGGAACCACUGAGGCUGGAAGUAAAAUAGUUACCACUGGGAUAACUACUGGCACAACCAUUGUAUCUGGGAGUUCCAACACAAAGGCUACGACUUCUACAGGCAUUGGAGUUGCCACUGGAGUUGGAAUGGCAACUGGGAUCAUCAACAUAAUUUCAGGGAGAAGCCAACCUACUGAAAGUAAAACAGGCUACACUGUAACAGGCUCUGGGACAACAGCCUUACCUCGAGGUUUCAGAACAGGCAAUACCCCAGGAUCAACAGGAGUCACCAGCAGCCAAGAAGGCAGCACUUUAAUAUCAAGUGGAAUCACUGGAAUCCCAGAAACUUCCAUCGCAGGUCCUUCCAAGGAAGCAUCUAACGAAACCACUGCUCCUGGACCUCCUACCACAGUCACUGCUUCCACAGGAGUCAAAAUAACUUCUGGAACUGGAGUGCAAACAAGCUCCACCUUGGUUCCAGCUGGAGUGCCAACAAGACCACAAGUACCCCAGUCAGAAACCACUGUCGUGGCAACCAGAGAAGUAGAAACUGAAAAUAAAACAGAAUGUCUAGCCUCACUUCCACCCGCUCCAGUUUGUCAUGGUCCACUGGGAGAAGAGAAAUCUCCUGGAGACAUAUGGACUGCCAAUUGCCACAGAUGUACCUGUACUGAUGCAAAGACUAUAGACUGUAAACCUGAGGAGUGCCCUUCUCCACCCACAUGCAAAACCGGUGAAAAGCUUGUGAAGUUCCAAUAUAAUGACACCUGCUGUGAAAUUGGAUACUGUGAACCAAGAACAUGUUUGUUUAACAAUACUGACUAUGAGAUUGGUGCUUCAUUCGAUGACCCCAGCAACCCCUGUGUCUCCUAUUCCUGCAAAGACACUGGCUUUGCUGCAGUAGUCCAGGACUGCCCAAAGCAGACCUGGUGUGCAGAAGUAAACAGAAUCUAUGAUUCAAAAAAAUGUUGCUAUACAUGUAAGAAUAAUUGCAGAUCUUCCCUUGUGAAUGUGACGGUUAUCUACAGUGGUUGCAAGAAAAGAGUUCAGAUGGCAAAAUGCGCAGGGGAAUGUGAAAAGACUGUCAAGUACAAUUAUGAUACCUUACUCUUGGAACAUUCAUGCCUUUGCUGCCGAGAAGAAAACUAUGAACUCAGAGACAUUGUACUUGACUGUCCUGAUGGGAGUACGAUCCCUUACCAAUACAGGCAUAUCACAACCUGCUCUUGUUUAGACAUAUGCCAGCCAUAUACGACUUCCAUGUACAGUUAAUGCUGACAUCACCUUCCCAGUUUUAACAGGCCUGGUAUUUAUUUUAUAAGUGAGGAAAAAUAAUCAUUAAAAUAGUGGGAAUAACUAGACAUUUAUAUCUCACUCAAAACAACGAGUUCUCAUUAUGAGGAAUUUUGCUCUCUCGUGGACUGGAUCUGAAAAAUAAACACAACCUGACAAGCAA